UGUGGGCAAUGUUGGGGAUGUAGAAAAAAAAAAGGAAACCGGAGCAAAGAGAGCGCAAGGGAGAGAUAGGGAGACAACACUAACUGGGUAGCUAUGGAGAUAGUAGGUUUUCCUGGUAGCUUUCUUUGACAGGUGUCGAGUGGGAUAAAAUAAAGUGUCAGAACAGCUUCCAAGAUGUACGGCAAAGGUAAAGGAGCUGUGGUCCCCUCCGAUAGCCAAGCGAGAGAAAAGUUAGCGUUAUAUGUGUACGAGUACCUGCUACAUGUGGGAGCACAGAAGUCAGCACAGACCUUCCUGUCUGAGGUAAGAUGGCACAACAAUUUUACACUUGGGCACCCCCCACCUCCCCUCCAUUUCAGUGUAUUCUGGGAUUUGUAUUGUGCAGCUCCAGACCGAAGGGAGACAUGUGAACACUCCAGUGAGGCCAAGGCCUUCCAUGACUAUAGCGCAGCGGCGGCGCCCAGCCCAGUGAUGGGCAACAUGCCCCCCAACGACGCCAUGCCAGGUGGUCCCAUGCCCCCAGGCUUCUUCCAGGGACCACCCGGCUCUCAGCAGUCCCCCCACGCACAGCCCCCCCCACACAACCCCAGCAACCCAAUGAUGGGACCCCAUGGCCAGCCUUUCAUGUCACCGCGGUAUCCAGGUGGGCCGCGCCCCUCACUCCGAAUGCCAAAUCAGCCUCCUGGGGGAAUCCCAGGAUCUCAGCCUCUCCUGCCAAACAGUUUGGACCCAACAAGACCGCAAGGACAUCCCAACAUGGGUGGACCAAUGAGAAUGAACCCUCCCCGAGGAAUGGCCAUGGGCCCACAGAAUUAUGGCGGCAUGAGGCCUCCUCCCAACUCCAUGGGCGGUCCAAUGCCAGGAAUGAACAUGGGUCCCGGAGGAAGAGGACCUUGGCCAGGACCUAAUGCUAACUCUAUAGCCUACUCUUCCUCAUCUCCAGGAAACUAUGUGGGUCCACCUGGCGGAGGAGGUCCACCUGGAACUCCCAUCAUGCCCAGCCCAGGUGAUUCAACUAACUCCAGUGAAAACAUCUAUACAAUGAUGAAUCCUAUCGGACCCGGAGGCAACAGACCCAAUUUCCCUAUGGGGCCGGGGCCUGACGGGCCUAUGGGAGCUAUGGGAGCCAUGGAACCACACCACAUGAAUGGAUCACUAGGGUCUGGGGAUAUGGAUGGGUUGCCAAAGAGCUCUCCUAAUAACAUGGGGGGCAUGAACAACCCUCCUGGAACGCCGAGAGAUGACGGCGAAAUGGGCGGCAACUUCUUGAACCCAUUCCAAAGCGAAAGUUAUUCACCCAACAUGACGAUGAGUGUGUGAUUUUAUUUUUUCCUUAUUUUAUUUUAUUUUUUUGUAUUUUUGUUUAUUUCCCCUCCCCCUCCCUAUUUUUGUAUCCCUGCACCUGAAUUUUUAUUUUUUAUUUUUUUUCUUCAAUUCAAUCCUUUCUUCACCUCGGAUUGGACCACCUUCCCCUUCCUCACACACAAACACACCUUCUGCCUCCACUACCAACCCAACCCCACCACCACCACCACCACAAACCUCCGCCCACUUUUCCCCCCUCUUCUUCUCACUCGGGAAAACUCUGCGGCCACACAGCCUUCUGGGACAGCCCUCGAGCAUGCUGGGACUCUAAUUAAGACGGGCCCUCCCGGAGCAUGCAAAAUGGCUGCCGGUGUGAAUAGGAAGCAGUCACAGAGCAACAGGAAGAGCCUCCUCUCUGACUCCGGCCCCGGCCUCCCUGGCUUUCUGUCAGGGUCUAGACAAUGAGCGAGGGAAGGAGGAUAAACAGAGAGAGAAAGAGGGGAGAGAGGAGACUGGAAAACACAGCCCUCCCCUGUGGACCAGUGUCGGGUCUCUUAGCAGCUGCCUGGAAGCUUCUCAACCACAACUUUGGACUUUUUUUUUUUUUAAAUAUUUUUUUGUUGCUGUUCCCGACGGAUUCAGUGGAGGGUCGGAUGAUACGACCCCGUCUUUCGCCUCCCCGCCGCCCCUUCACAUUGUUCUCUGUGCGUGUACAUUUGUAACAGAGGUGUUGUGAUGAUCAGUGAACAUGGUUUUUUUUUUCCAUUUUUUUUUUUGUUUUUUUGUGUAUGUAUUGUAUCAUUGCUAUUUUUAUUAUUGUAUUAUUGUUAUUAAUGAUAUUGUUAUGAUCAUUUUAAGAUUAGGUUCUAAUUUCUGUUGUUUUUAAGGGCACAUUAUUAUGAUGAAGACAGCAUAUGUGCACACGAAUCAGAAAUUAUUUGCUGUGUAGCAUGUGGCUCUAAUCGAGCACACUGCCCCCUGCAGGUAAGAGUUCCUCCAUCACGGUACAGAUUGGUCGUAUUUAAAAAUAAAUCUUUCUCAGAGGAUAGCAACUUCCUUUUUAGAAGAUCUAAAUUCUUGAUAACCCACACGAGAAGAAGAAGAAGAAGAAGCGCCUCCUGCUUUAGUAGCUUCCCUGCAGUGAAAUGCACAGCUCUAUUUAUUUAUGUACUUUUAAUUUGUCUUAUGAAUCAUUAUUAUGUUUUUUUUGUUUUUUUUUAAGUGUUAUCCCUGGUUUUUGUCAACUGCAGAACUAGUAGCAACUGUGUAAAUAUGCAGAUCCACUCCUUCGCCCCCCGUCUUGACGUCAUUAGACCCUUCUAUCCGAGCCCCUCCAAAAGGUGCUGAUGUUAUCGCAAGCGUCGACCAUUUCGACCCCACUCGUGCUGCUUUCACUAACGCUUCCCACUUCCCGGUCACUCCAUCGUGUACAUAGGUUGCGUCUGUCUGCUGACCUGUCGUGAACACUCGGAUUGUUUUUUUUGUUUUUGUUUUUUUUUCUUUGUUUUGUUGCUGAUAAGUUCUCAACACACUGUGAUGUACGUCUUUAUAGAAACUUUGCUUUCACACACACACACCAGUCAGUCAGUCAGUUUAGCUCGCAGACGUUUUGUUGUCACAGUCACUUCUGGUGAGAGGACUUCUGGCCACAUGCUGAUCACAUCUUCAGUGUUUUUUUGUUUUUUUUAUGAAUCAGGAAAGCAGCAAGGCGUUGCUCUGUUGACCGAGUGGCCUCCCUCCCUUUUGCUCACCUUAAAAAAAAAAACAAAAACAAAACAAAAAACGCCUCCCCUCCUUUUUCUUACCUUUCCAACAGGCCAGCAUUGACACACAGACACUCAGUAACACACCAUCCCUCUCUGAUUUUUUUUUUUGUACAACUCUCCAUCUUUUUGAUUUUAAGUUUUUGUAAAUACUGUAAAAUGCAUUUUGAUAUCAUUGACAUGUUUUUGAUAUUUCAAAUCACAACUUAACAGUUGAUCAGAAACGUGCCGAUUCGGGCGACUGUGUGUAUUUGUUCAGAGAUGGCGUGUCUUUUACUCAGAAAUAAUAUGAAUGAUGAGAAACAGAAAACUGGAGCUGCUAUAGACUAUUAUGCUAUUUCACCUCAUCACAGACUAAACGUGGGGCUUUACUGUGCAUCAGAGCUGUCGCGUCGAGGGCGUCCGGCAGGACAAGGGAGGAAAUUGUAUGUUAGUCAAGUGUGGGUGAACACCAUUAGCUAACUCACUGUCACGCACAUUUCCCUAAAAACUAAACACGACUCUCCCUCCUCGGCCUCUCUUCUUGCAAACUUGGUUUGCAGUGGCCAAAACAAAAGCCACUUAAAUGGGAAUAUAUUUUGUCAUUUUUUGACAGGGAAUUUGCAAGAACAGAGCGAAAGAGGACCGUUUGUUUUUGUUUUUUUAAUACUAAAACUUGCCCUUCUGUGUCUGCCUCUGACACACUGCAUUUCAGCUUCUACCCUCCUGACACAACUGAAUCAGAAAGCAGGGCACACAGGACACUGGCUCUCAAUCCAACGCACCAGGGACCAGAGUACAUACUUUACUAUGAAGGAUUUUUUUAUCUAUUUAAAAUGGGGCAGGAGAAAUGUUUUGGGAAAGUAAAAACGACAUAAAAAAAUAAAAUAAAAAAACACAAAAAAAAACCAACACAUGGACAGACUUGUUGCUAAGAAGAGGUAGAGAGAGUGCAGGAACAGGCGUUUCCUCCCCUGUACUUUGAAAUACUGUUGUAUAAAAUGCAGUCCAACUUCUCUCUAUCUUUCUGUCCUGUAAGUAAAGCCGUCACAACGUUGAUCAUUUCUGUAUUUCUAUCGUGCUGAUGUAUAAUACUGUAACAUUCAGGGGGAGGGAGGGUUAAGAGAGGACUUUCGGGGAGGGGGUGGGGGUGGGAGUAAAAAGAUUUUUCUGUUCAGUUCCUCAUUUUUCCUCUUGAUGACAAAGCAGUAUUGAAUAUGAGGCAGUCUGUCCUUGGGGAGUUGCUUUGUAUCUCAUGUUAGGGUAGUUUCAGAUCCUAAAUGUCUCGUGUAGUAAAAUAAGAGGUUCCUUCGUAUGUUUCUUUAUAUUGUAAAGUUUCUUUAGACAACAAAAUGUUGCUUAUUGGAAAAAAGGUGGGAAAUCUGCAUUGAUAAUUAAUGUAUUUUUUUGGUUUUGUUUAUUUUUAUUUUUUUGGUUUUAAUUUUCAUCAAGUUGUCAGUCGUUUUUUGCCUGUGUCCCCCUUGUUGUAGAUACAUAUUAAAAACAAAUAAAAUGACUUCACUCCUUUUGCCAUGAA